AUGCGUCGACGAGCAACCGUCGUCCUGCUGCUCCUCGCGCUGCAGGCAGCCUCGGGCCUCCGCCUGCAGAACGGAUCCAAGGUCACGGACGUCCCUACCUCGCCGACGACGCCGACGUCAGAUCCCAUCACGAAGCCGCUCACGCCGACGCCGACGCCGACGACAUUGACGCCAACUCCGACGCCGACGACGGCGCCACCGACAAAGACGCCGACACCGCCGCCGGGCCCGACAACGGAACCACCAACGCCAACGACAGCACCGGUUACGGACGCGCCUGGACCGGCGCCGUCACCAUCGAGUGCAACGCCAACAACGUCGACAAAGACGCCACCCAGCGGUUCGACGCCGACCCCGACGCCGUCAACCAAGGCGCCGACCCGAUCGCCCAAUGCGUCAACGUCGUCUGGUUCCGGAUCUGGCGAUCCGUCCGUAGCUACGAAGACACCUGCGCCCAACAAGCCCGACGACUCGUCCAACAUCAUCACGUACGCGGCUGUGGGCGCCGGCGUCUUUGUCGUCGCCGUUGCCCUUGUCGCGUUCGUCUUGUACCGUCAAAAGAAGGCUGCCGAGCUCGAAGAUGCGCGGACGUCCUUGACGCCGGCCGAGUACUACACGGACCGGCGCUCGCAGCCGUACACUGGCAAGUCUCAGCACACGAGCUACCGCGGAUCGGUCGACACGCGCUCGUCGCAGAAGAGCACGCAGCGCCACUCGACGAUCGACGUGGGCAAUUCAAACUCGCGCUCAACGGGUCCGGUGGUCACCGGCGGCGAGGUCAACCAGCUCGAGGGCUACGACAUCCGCUUCGACAAGUCGAUGAGCAACUUCCGCGUCGCGAACGAAGAGGUCGAGCUCUUUGACGUGCUCGCGCGCGGGGGCUUUGGCGUCAUCUACCGCGGGCGCUUUGCGGGCGAAGAGGUCGCGGUCAAGAAGUGCUUGCCCGAGAAAGUCAACAACCAUGAGGCGAUGGAAGCCUUUAUGUGCGAGAUCAAGCUCAUGUCCAAGCUGGACCACCCGAACAUUGUGCGCUUCGUCGGCGUUGCGUGGACGACGUUGCUGCAGCUCAAGAUGCUCACCGAGUACCAGCACAACGGCAACGUCCGGAAUCUGCUCGUCGAGGACAAGGAGCGCCGCCAGAUUCCGUGGUUUGGCUCGAGUGCGAUCACGAAGCUCCGGAUGGCGUCGGACGUGGCCGAGGCGCUCGUGUAUCUCCACACGGCGUCGCCGCCGAUCAUCCACCGCGACCUCAAGAGCAGCAACGUGCUCUUGGGCGACGCGUGGGAGGCCAAGCUGACCGACUUUGGCACGAGCCGGGAGCUCAGCGACGAAAACACGAUGACGGCCGAGAUUGGGACGCUGGCGUGGAUCGCACCCGAGAUCAUGCUCGGCGGCCACUACACGGAGCGCGCCGACGUCUACUCGUUUGGUGUGCUCCUGAACGAGCUCGACUUGGCGGACCUUCCGUACUCGAACGUGACGAGCGACGGCUUCAUCUCGCACACGCGGCUCGGCGUCAUGGUGGCGGCCGGCAAGAUCGCCCCCAAAUUCUCGGACGACUGCCCCGAGCAGAUCGCCGCGCUCGGGACCGAGUGCCUCCGCUUCGAGGCGUCGAGCCGCCCCACAGCGAUGCAGAUCGCGUACCGACUCCGUCAGAUGACCAAGAGCACGACCACCCGACCGCUUUAA